AUGUAUUGGUGCACAGAAAUAUGUCGCCAAGAAUUUUUUAAAACACUUGAAUAUAUAAGGGAAAGAUAUAGAAUCCUUAUCGAGAUUUAUAAACAUCUCAAAAAGAAUGAAUAUGGCUCAUUCCCUAAAUUCGAUCCUGAUGAUAUAUUUUGCUACUAUGAAGGAAAGGACGAUGAAAUUCAAGAUAAAAAUUUUCAAGAUUUAUUUGAUGUCGAUAUACUUAGUUUGAAUAUUUCUCAUUUAAAAAAAAGAACAGAUAUUCCAAAAGUGUGGAAGGAAAAAAAAAAAGAAACAGAAAUAGAAAUAGAAACAGAAAUGGAAGAAUAA